AUGCGAACAUUUCUAUCAUCAUUCAUUAUUUUGACUACAUUUUUAGCUUCAUUGAUAGCUGCUGAAACUCACACAUGGUAUUUCAAAACUGGUUGGGUAGACGCAAAUCCUGAUGGGGUUUAUCCCCGUAAAAUGAUUGGGUUCAAUGAUUCAUGGCCAUUACCCACUUUGAGAGUUAAAAAGGGCGACAGAGUUCAAUUGUAUUUGAUUAAUGGAUUUGAUAACUUAAAUACUACUUUACAUUUUCAUGGAUUAUUUGUUCGUGGUGCCAACCAAAUGGACGGGCCAGAGAUGGUUACCCAGUGUCCUAUCCCACCUGGUGAAACAUACUUGUACAACUUCACUGUUACUGAUCAAGUGGGAACUUAUUGGUAUCAUAGCCAUACAGGGGGUCAGUAUGGAGACGGUAUGAGAGGUGUCUUUAUUAUUGAAGAUGAUGAUUUCCCGUAUCACUACGAUGAAGAAGUUGUUUUAACUUUAAGUGACCAUUACCACAAAUAUUCAGGUGACAUAAUGCCUGCCUUUUUAACCAGAUUUAAUCCGACAGGAGCAGAACCGAUCCCACAGAACUUUUUGUUCAAUGAAACAAGAAAUGCCACUUGGAAGGUCGAACCUGGAAAAACUUACUUUGUUAGGAUUCUUAAUAUCGGUGGAUUUGUAUCACAGUACUUGUGGAUGGAAGAUCAUGAAUUUACUAUUGUUGAGAUCGAUGGCGUUUACGUUGAAAAAAACACCACUGAUUUGAUUUAUAUCACAGUUGCUCAAAGAUAUGGGGUUUUGAUAACCACAAAAAAUUCAACCGAUAAGAACUAUGCAUUUAUGAAUGGUGUUGAUACUACCAUGUUGGAUUCAGUUCCUGCUGAUUUGCAAGUCAAUGGGACCAAUUAUAUUGUUUAUAAUGAAAGCUCCGCCUUACCGGAUGCUUACGAUAUCGAUUCGUAUGAUGAUGCCUUGGAUGAUUUCUACUUGAAACCCUUGAGUAAACAAAAGUUGAUGGAUGAUGCUGAUUACACUAUUACCGUUGAUGUUCAAAUGAAUGUCUUGAAUGAUGGGAUCAAUUAUGCUUUUUUCAACAAUAUUAGUUACAAAGCACCAAAAGUUCCAACCUUGCUAACUGUUUUAAGUGCUGGCGAAGCUGCAACAAACGAAUUGAUUUAUGGUACCAAUACCAAUAGUUUUGUAUUACAAGGUGGAGAUAUUGUUGAUAUUGUGCUAAAUAAUUUUGAUACUGGUAAACAUCCAUUCCAUUUACACGGUCACGUUUUCCAGUUGAUUGAGAGACACGAAGCUGUAGGUAGCAAAGAAAGUGCAGUUACAUUCAAUGUCAGCGAUCAUGCUGAAUGGCCCGAGUAUCCAAUGAUUCGUGACACUGUUUACGUUAAACCUCAUUCUUAUAUGGUUUUAAGAUUCAAAGCUGACAACCCCGGGGUUUGGUUUUUCCAUUGUCACGUCGACUGGCAUUUAGAACAAGGUUUGGCUAUUGUUUUGAUCGAAGAUCCUCAAGCCAUUCAAAAGAAUGAAAAAAUUACUGAGAAUCAUAAACGUAUCUGUGAAAAAGUUGGUGUUCCCUGGGAAGGUAAUGCUGCUGCCAACAGCAAUGAUUAUUUGGACUUGAAGGGUGAAAAUGUUCAAGUAAAGAGAUUACCAACAGGAUUUACCACCAAAGGAAUCGUAGCAUUAGUGUUUUCAUGUGUUGCUGCGUUCUUAGGCUUAUUCACAAUUUCUUUCUAUGGUAUGAAUGACAUUGCUCAUGUUGAAGACAAAGUAGCCAGAGAUUUGGAUAUUGACUUGGAAGCAGAGAAUGAGGACGAAGAAGAAGCAGUUGUUUUGAACCAGAAUUCAUCUUCUUCAGACAGCAACUCUAAGCCACAUUAA